AUGAACUCUAACAAACAUGCUCAAGCUCUAGUCGAGCUAGAUUCACCCGAUCCUGUUAUACGUGUAAAAGCUCUGAGGUUCAUAAAAAACAACAUCAUCGGGAAUAAAACAAAGAAGGAUCUAUACAUUAGCCUCGAUGUUAUUCCAAAACUUGUUUCUUUUUUCAAAAACAAGGAAACCAUAGAUCCUCAAGUACAAAUACAAGCUGCGAUCGUGCUGGGGAGUUUUGCAUAUGGUGGUGAGAGCAAUGUUACUGAGUUGAUCAAACAUGAUGCUGUCAAGCCUUUAUUGGGGUGCAUAUCGAUAAAAAAUGAUCCUCGAUUAAUCGAAGCUGCUGCUCGAGCCUUGAAGGCCAUUUACAAAUGUCCCACUGCAGACAAGAAUGACAUAUUUCAGGAUACACACCUUCGGGACCUCAUCACCCUUCUUAAUCCGGACUCACUCAAUCCCAAAACGGAUCGCGAAAAAAUUGCGACCAUACAUACUUCCGAGUUGGCUGCAACCAUAAUUGCACGUUGUUGUGAAACCAAUGAGCAACAGAUUCAAAUAGCAAAUGCUGGAGCCUUUCCAGCCUUGGUGAAAUUAUUGGUCUGUGGCUUUUCCAAAGCUCAAGAAGCCGCCCUGGAUGCUCUGGCAUAUCUGUGUCGAGAAAAUGCCGAAUAUGGAAAGGCCAUUGUUGAAACAAAAUCCGAGGCAAAUGAUAGUCCGGUCAAAAUCAUGUUGAAUUUAAUCCGUGAUAAAUCGCCGACCAUGCAAUUGGUAUCGGCCAAAUGUUUAACGCACCUAAGUCGCGCAAAUGCAAUCAUGGAGUAUUCUAAUGAUAUCAUAUUGAUAGUGUUGCCGACAUUAGUAAAAUUACUCGAUGAAAAAGGACCGGUCCGUGAAGAAGCCCCACAAGUCUUGGCAUACUUGAUAUGCGAUAACGAAGAGCUACAAAAGGCCGCCUGUGACUCUGGAGCUGUCCUAAAAUUAGCGGAUUUUGUAACUCAUGUCGGUGAUCAGGAUAAUUCUUAUUACGAUCCCCUUGGAGAUAGCGAUAAACUAAAAGAGAAUGCUCUGAUGGCACUCGCUGCUAUAAGUUCGUUGACCGAAGACGGGAGAAAGUUGGUGGUUGAUGCAAAAAUUGUUCCACAUAUCGUGAAAGCAAUGUCACAUCGAUCCUAUGGGGUUCGGGCUGCAGCAUGCCAAUGCACUCGGAGUCUUUCAAGAUCCGUUAAUAUAUUGAGAACAAAUCUUGUAGACGCUGGAAUUGCGACUCCAUUAUUUAAGCUCUUGUCAGAUGAAUCAACCGAUGUUCAGACGGUGGCAUGUGCCACUGUGUGCAAUAUAGUGUUGGAAUUUUCACCGAUGAAAAAGAUAAUUAUUGAACAUGGGGGAAUAGAAAAACUAGCGGAGUUAGCCCGCUCGUCAGAUAAUACACUAAGACUCAAUGCUAUUUGGGCAUUAAAAAAUUUUGUCUAUGAUGUUGAAUCGGAUGCCAAGGAUUCGGUGAUGAAAGCGCUGACAUAUUCGACAUUAGAAAAAUUAAUUGAGGAUCAAGAGAUUGAUAUACAAGAGAAAGCAUUGAACUUAUUGAGGAAUUUAGCUUCGAGACCAAAUGAUAUCGAGGAUGUCUUCAAAGAAUUGGGAGAAAACCAGUUGAUGGAUAUCAUAGAAAGUAAACUGAGUUGUUGGAAUGAGGAAAUUAUCAAGCAGAUUUUGUAUUUGAUCAACAACGUUGCAACUGGUUCUGAUAAUCACAAAAAGGCCAUAAUGAGCAGGCCCAAUAUUCUGUCACAAAUCAAAAAUUACAUGAGCCAUAAGAAUCCGGACAUACGAGUCAUUGCGGUAUGGUGUCUAAUAAAUUUAGCAUGGACAGAAGAUAAACAUAAUAGUCCUGGGCGCGUCAGGGAAUUACGCCAGCUUGGCUUUGAAGAGAUGGUUAAAAGCAUGACGAACGAUGAAGAUUUGGAUGUGCGAGAAAAAGUUAAAACUGCAUUGUCACAAUUCUCUCAAGUGUAG